CCAAUAUCAGUCACCAGCCAACAGUUCAACGCUUAAUCAAACAGCUCAAACUCAAUCGACUUCAAAAUGUUCAAAAACAUCGCUCUCCUUUGCGUCUUCGCCUUCGCCGCCGUCAACGCUGGCCUCAUCGAAACCCACCAUGUAGUCCAUGAGCCUGUGUUGGCCAAGGUUGGUUCCGUGGUGCACAGCGCACCUUCGGCCGUCUCCCAUCAGAGCAUCACCCAGGUGCACAGUAAAUCCGUGGUCGAGCCAGUGCUUGCUCAUGCCGUCAAGACCACCAUCCACUCUGCUCCUGUGGUGCAUUCCCUACACUCGGCUCCAGUGUUGCACUCCGUACACUCGGCUCCUGUGGUGCACUCCGUACACUCGGCUCCUUUAGUGCACUCCGUACACUCGGCUCCAGUGGUGCACUCCGUACACUCUGCUCCUCUAGUGCACUCCGUACAUGCUGCUCCUUUGGCCUACACACUCCAUCAUCAUUAGAAAAUUUUUCGUUAACGAUUUAGCAAUUUGAUCCUUGUACUACUCAUAAGUGCUCUAA